AUGAAGGAUGAACAUUAUCUGAACAUGAAAAGGAAAAAUUGCUCUAAUGAGGGACAACGCCUAGACGAGAAGGAUUAUUUAAAAAUGAAACGACAACUAAUUAUAGGACAUAAUGGUCUCAGGAAUCGUAUUGCUGGAGUUAUGCGAGUUGCAAAUAUGAUGGAAUUGAUUUGGAAUGACGAUUUGGCAUUGAUGGCUGAGAGGCAUAUUUAUCGCUGUACACCAUACGACGAUGAUAUUUGUACGCGUUUAAAUCAAUCGCUUGAAUAUGAAAAGACACAUUUUCAUUUAAAGGGUAAGGAAAUGGAUAACUUUUGCAAAGUUUCGCAAAAUCGUUAUUACCAAAAAAACGUUCACUAUCCAAAUAUUAUCGUUGAGAAUGCACUUCGUACAUGGUAUAGAGAAAAAUUUGGAAUGGAGCCACCUAAAGAAGCAUUUGAUGAAACUCAUAUGAGAACUAAUGGCUAUUUAAAGGGUGAAAAUAAUUUUACCCAUUUGGCUUAUCCAUUGGCUGCUUUUUUUGGUUGUUCUAUGAAUAAAGUCUAUGAUGGAUUCUUGUUACUGUGCAAUUAUCAUCCAUAUGAACGAAGUGAUGUCGUAGAUUUUGAAUUUAUAAAAGGAAAUCCGGGGGAACAUUGCCCCAUCACACGCCCUCUAAAAAACAUAAACGAAAAUUUCGCAAACUUAUGCAUUGGAUGCUACGUAUAA